CAAUGGCCGGUCCCGCUAGCUCGUGUCUUCAGAGGAGUCUGCGAGGCAGCCCCGCAGACUUGGAAGCCCUUCUAUGAAGGUGAAACUAAGACAAACCAGUUGAGUCUUGGAAAAAUAUUAAUCUGGAGGGCCAGCUUCCUCCGUAGCCAGGGAAAAGCUGAGAAGCUUCAUAAUAUUUCAUCAUUCCCAAGUCUGUGCAUAAUUAAAGCUAGAUCCCCAGUGAAACAGAUGUCUUCAGUGGUGGCUAAAGAAUCCAAUGCCAUGGGCCCCAAGGAAAUGGAGCUCAUUCUUGUUAAAGAGCAAAAUGGAAUGCAAUUCACCAAUUCAACCCUCAUUAACCCAGCCCAAACCAGCAUUGAAACAGAAGAAAGAGAGACUUGGGGCAAAAAGAUUGACUUUCUCCUGUCCGUGAUUGGCUUUGCGGUAGACCUUGCUAAUGUUUGGAGAUUUCCUUACCUCUGCUACAAAAAUGGAGGCGGAGCCUUCCUGGUCCCAUACUUGUUUUUCAUGGUGAUUGCUGGGAUGCCACUUUUCUACAUGGAAUUGGCAUUAGGACAAUUCAAUAGAGAAGGAGCUGCUGGAGUCUGGAAAAUCUGUCCAAUAUUAAAAGGUGUGGGCUUUACUGUUAUCCUCAUAUCCCUUUAUGUCGGGUUCUUCUAUAACGUCAUCAUUGCCUGGGCUCUCCAUUACUUUUUCUCAUCCUUCACUAUGGAUCUUCCCUGGAUACACUGCAAUAACACGUGGAAUAGCUUGAACUGCUCAGACACUCGUUUUUCCAACUCCAGUGACAGCUUUGACAUCAAUGACACUUAUAAAACCACUCCUGCUGCAGAAUAUUUUGAACGAGGAGUGCUGCAUCUUCACCAGAGCAAAGGAAUUGAUGAUUUGGGCCUUCCUCGGUGGCAGCUAACCUCCUGCUUGGUUAUUGUAAUCGUGCUGCUUUAUUUCAGCUUAUGGAAAGGAGUGAAGACAUCUGGGAAGGUGGUAUGGAUUACAGCCACCAUGCCGUAUGUAGUCCUCACAGCCUUGCUACUACGUGGGGUCACCCUUCCAGGAGCCAUCGACGGCAUUAAGGCCUAUUUGAGUGUUGAUUUCUACCGUCUCUGUGAGGCAUCCGUUUGGAUAGAUGCUGCCACUCAAAUAUGCUUCUCUCUUGGUGUUGGGUUUGGUGUGCUAAUAGCAUUCUCCAGUUACAAUAAAUUUACUAACAACUGUUAUAGAGAUGCGAUCAUCACUACCUCUGUCAACUCCCUGACGAGUUUCUUUUCUGGCUUUGUCAUCUUCUCCUUUCUGGGCUACAUGUCACAGAAACACAAUGUGCCCAUUGGUGAUGUGGCCAAAGAUGGACCUGGACUUAUUUUUAUCAUCUACCCUGAAGCAAUUGCUACUCUUCCUUUGUCUUCUGCUUGGGCUGUGGUUUUCUUCAUCAUGCUGCUCACAUUAGGAAUUGACAGUGCUAUGGGAGGAAUGGAGUCUGUGAUCACUGGACUGAUUGAUGAAUUUAAGUUUCUCCACCGGCACCGAGAGCUUUUCACCCUAUUCAUUGUCUUGUCAACAUUUCUAACCUCCCUCUUCUGCGUCACCAAUGGUGGCAUUUAUGUCUUUACACUGCUGGACCAUUUUGCUGCAGGGACCUCUAUUCUUUUUGGAGUACUCAUUGAAGCCAUUGGGGUUGCAUGGUUUUAUGGAGUUGGUCAGUUCAGUGAUGACAUUAAACAAAUGAUCGGUCGGAGACCUGGCUUGUAUUGGCGGCUUUGUUGGAAGUUUGUCAGCCCUUGUUUUCUUUUGUUUGUGGUGGUCGUCAGCAUUGUUACGUUCAGGCCACCCAACUAUGGAACAUAUAUCUUUCCAGACUGGGCCAAUGUAGUGGGCUGGAUAAUAGCCACUUCUUCCAUGGCAAUGGUACCAAUUUAUGCCACCUACAAAUUCUGCAGCUUACCUGGAUCCUUUCGUGAGAAACUAGCUUAUGCAAUCACUCCUGAGAAAGAACAUGGCCUGGUAGAGAAUGGAGAAGUGCGCCAAUUCACUCUCCGCCAUUGGCUAAUGGUGUAGACUGAUAUGAAGAAAGAAGGAAUGUGAAGAUUAGCUUAAGGAGAAGACCCAAAACAUGAACUGAUGGAGAAAGGAAGCCUAUUUUUAUUAUGUAACCUCUUCUUUACUGCAAAGAGGAAAAAAAGAAAAAAGCUUUUCUCUUCUGACUGUUUACACAGCGUCUGCACCAAGGGAUAAGUUAUUGUCAUUGUCCUGUGCUGGUUAAAUAUAGCAUACAAUUAGUGUGGUGAGUUCUUUGGUUCAAAUGCUCAAUCACUACUAAGAGGAAAGAGUAAAUCACUUCAUGCUAUUCAUGCACAGCCCUUCACUUAAGGUCACAGGAACAUAACCGGCAGCAUUUUGUUUAUGUUUUCUUAGUGAAUUUGGAGAGAAAGGAAUGUCCUAGUCAGUAGCUAUCAGGCAAAUUUGAUUGUCUGUUAUCAACUUCCUAGAUGAUUUCUGCUCACCUACAGAAACCAAGUAUUCCAUUUUGUUUAAUUGUGGAGAAUGUGAAACAAACAAAAGAGUAAUUCUUGAUUUUAGAGCACUUUAAAAAUCUCUAGUUCAAAGUUAAGGCUACAAAAAAUAAGAAUACGGUUGUGUGUAACAUAACAGUGGUAUGUAGAAAGCCAUCAAGGUCAAACAUAUGCUAAGUAUGAUAUGGAUAAAAAUUUAUUUUCAUUUAGUUGAGAGAAAAAGAUAAGUUGAAUUAGCUUUAUCCAACUUUAUAUCUGGUAGGUUGAGGAAGCCAGAACAAUCCAAUAUGGCUUGUCUCUGAACUGAGUUGACAGAGCAGCAAGUCAUAUUUACUGAGCAUCCUCAUGGACACAGCAAGAGUUUCUGGACCAGAAGGGGCAUGCAGUUGACAAAUUCAGGACAGCUGUGCAUCAUCAUAGGACCAUCUAAUUAUGAAGUGGCCGGCCAGUCUAUGCCCAGUUUUAUAAUGUAGCAAGAAAUGUGUUCUAGAAUGUUAACUGCUCACUUAACGUGUCUCGAUUUCCCAACCGCAACCUCUCCUCAGAAAUGGGGUUCCAUUUUUGAUUGAUUCAUUCCUUGCAUGUCUGUCUUUGUAACAGUAUUGUUACCAUGCCACAGGCUUUAAUUUGCUGAUGGAAUGAGACAAAAUCUUGAAAUGCCACAUAAGUACACUUCACCUUUUGAGUGUAUUGAUUAAAAAUUAUUGUAUUGUAAUAAUUCAGCUUGAUUGGUGGAGCCUGUCUGAAAUUAUGACUUUGUUAUCUUUCAGAGAUGAAGUAAAAAUCAUUAGUUGACACUGAGUGCCAAGAUCCCACCAAGGAACCCAGAAUAGCGCAGCUCAUAUCCUAUAGUUUUGGGUUUUUUUGACUGAGCUAUCCGCCAUCAGUUUAUGCCUGACAGCUUAGAAGUACAUUUUCAUCCUCUAUUGCUUGAGCAGUAAUUUAGCUUGAAGAUUUUUUAUGCUGGUCUUAAGAUGGUUUUAUCGUGAUCGAGUUAACCAACCCUAGACUCAUCCACAUUGGAGAGUCAGGACAGGUUGUAGGGCAAACUAAAAGGACAACCAGGAGACUGGGAGAUGCCUUAUAAUCUAGCCAUGCACAACAAAGCCAGAGCCCAUGUAAUUCAUGUUGCUCUACACCAGGAGUUCUCAACCUUUUUUGUGUCACAGAUCCCUCUGGCAGUCUGGUGAAACCUACAGGCACCCUUCGUAGAA